UGCGUAAGAGUCAGGGCUCCAGCAGACCCUGAAAGCUGAGCUGUCCAGACCCCCGAAGUGAAGAAAAGAGGCGAGGGCAAGGGAGGGCCAGAACCAGGGGAGAGAGAAAGGAGGGGCAGCCCACCAGCCCGCUGUCUCGCCACAGAACCGGCUCAGCUCCAACUCCAGGAGUCACUCAGCUGCAGAGGCAGUGGCAGCCCUACUCCUCAGGCAAAGGGCAGCCGACAGACAGACAGAGGUCCUAGGACUGGAGGUCCUCAGUCAUUGACCACUCAGCCUGGCCCAGCCCCAUGGCCUUCAAUGACCUCCUGAAACAGGUGGGGGGCGUCGGACGCUUCCAGCUGAUCCAGGUCACCAUGGUGGUUGCUCCCCUACUGCUGAUGGCUUCCCACAACACCCUGCAGAACUUCACUGCUGCUAUCCCCGCUCACCACUGCCGCCCACCUGCUAAUGCCAACCUCAGCAAAGAUGGAGGUCUGGAGGCCUGGCUGCCCCUGGACAAGCAAGGACGACCCGAAUCUUGCCUCCGCUUUCCUUCCCCGCAUAAUGGCACAGAGGCCAAUGGCACUGGAGUCACAGAGCCCUGCCUUGAUGGCUGGGUCUAUGACAACAGCACCUUCCCUUCAACCAUCGUGACUGAGUGGAAUCUUGUGUGCUCUCAUCGGGCCUUCCGCCAGCUGGCCCAGUCCCUGUUCAUGGUGGGAGUGUUACUGGGAGCCAUGAUGUUUGGCUACCUGGCGGACAGGCUGGGCCGUCGGAAGGUGCUGAUCUUGAACUACCUGCAAACAGCUGUGUCAGGAACCUGUGCAGCCUAUGCACCCAACUAUACUGUCUACUGCAUUUUCCGGCUCCUCUCGGGCAUGUCUUUGGCUAGCAUUGCAAUCAACUGCAUGACACUAAACAUGGAGUGGAUGCCUAUCCACACCCGUGCCUAUGUGGGCACCUUGAUUGGCUAUGUCUACAGCUUGGGCCAGUUCCUCCUGGCUGGUAUCGCCUAUGCUGUGCCCCACUGGCGCCACCUGCAGCUUGCGGUCUCUGUGCCUUAUUUUGUUGCCUUCGUCUACUCUUGGUUCUUCAUUGAGUCAGCCCGCUGGUACUCCUCCUCAGGAAGGCUGGACCUCACCCUCCGAGCCCUGCAGAGAGUGGCCCGCAUCAACGGGAAACAAGAAGAGGGGGCUAAGCUGAGUAUAGAGGUGCUCCAGACCAGCCUGCAGAAGGAACUGACUCUAAACAAAGGCCAGGCCUCCGCCAUGGAGCUGCUGCGCUGCCCCACGCUUCGGCGCCUCUUCCUCUGCCUCUCUAUGCUGUGGUUUGCCACUAGCUUUGCCUACUACGGACUGGUCAUGGACCUGCAGGGCUUUGGGGUUAGCAUGUACCUUAUUCAGGUGAUUUUCGGCGCUGUGGACCUGCCUGCCAAGUUUGUGUGCUUCCUUGUCAUCAAUUCCAUGGGCCGCCGGCCUGCACAAUUGGCCUCCCUGCUGCUGGCAGGCAUCUGUAUCCUAGUGAAUGGCAUAAUACCGAGGGGCCAUACAAUCAUUCGCACAUCCCUGGCUGUACUAGGGAAAGGCUGUCUGGCUUCCUCUUUCAACUGCAUCUUCCUGUACACCGGAGAGCUGUACCCCACAGUGAUUCGGCAGACAGGCCUGGGCAUGGGCAGCACCAUGGCCCGGGUGGGCAGCAUCGUGAGCCCACUGGUGAGCAUGACUGCCGAGUUCUACCCCUCCAUACCUCUCUUCAUCUUCGGGACUGUCCCGGUGGCCGCCAGCGCUGUCACUGCCCUGCUGCCAGAGACCUUGGGCCAGCCGCUGCCUGAUACAGUGCAGGACCUGAAGAGCAGGAGCAGAGGAAAGCAGAAGCAACAACAGCUGGAACAGCAGAAGCAGAUGAUACCACUCCAGGUCUCAACACAAGAGAAGAACGGACUCUGAAAAUGGAAGGGGAGACACACAGCACUAAAGGGAGUGGGGUUCUAUGAGGAGGGGGAGUGAGUGCAGGGACUGGACUAUCUAAAUGUGGAGCCUGCCGUUCAGAGAAAUGCCUCCCCAAAGGUCACUCCAAUAGACCUACUAGAAACAAAAGCUCUAACUGUGUGCAGCUUCUUAAGCAGAAUGAGCUCUUCCUCAGCAUCUUCCAGCUCAGUGGUCACUCCUCCAGCUCCAGUCCCUUCCACCUCCAGGACAUUGCAAAGAAUCCCAGACAAUUAAAUAAAUUUCUUCUACCUUGG